GUUGCGAUUAUUACGACGACGGUGCCGUUCCCUUUAAAACUACAACAACGUGUAUUUCCGGUUUGCUGGUCCGUCACUUUAAUACCCCCGUAAGCAAACGUAGGGAGAAAGAGAAGAAAUAAUGGCAACAAUGAUCGAGGAAAACGGUCCUUCGAGUCAUGUAUGUCAUAAUGAUUUUUGGUUUUAAUACUCAACAUGAUGCUUUAUAUUAUUUAAAGAGUCAAAGUGUCAAAUUACGGAUUUCCUGGUGCAUAUUUUGGUAGAUUAUGUCUUCAGUUGUAGCUUAGCAUUAGCCGGUAGCUAACGAACAAGGUGCAGUAUGAUGUGUUUAAUGUUGUUCAAAACUACAAAACCAUUGCCUUUAUUCUCACUGUUAUUGUAAAAAUAACAUAAAUAGUCGUUGUCCUUAAAGCCUAUUACAUAUUCAAAAUCAGUAAACGGUCUACUGUUUGUAUUCAAGGCUCAAAACCCUUCACCUACAGUAGUGUUGUGUCGUUCGCGAACGAUUCGUUAAAAAGAACCAAAUCACUUCCUCAAGUGAUUCGUUCGUUUCUCUCUUCAGUUGAGCUGAAGUGAGAAACAGCAUUGCCAGGCCAGCAGCCAGCAAACCAGGGACUGUAUGCACCAACGCCUGAAUCACUUGGCGAACGAAUCACGCAUUGAGACUGUGAAUUGAACUGAAUCCUGAAACGUUCAGCUGUGUAUCAGUUCAGGAGGUCGGCGUUGCAGGCCUCUCCCGCCAAGCGUUAAAUGACUUUGUGAUUUGGUGAACAAAUCUUUUGAACGAAUCUUUUUAGUGAACUGAUUCUAGUGAUUCAGUAUAUCUAAAAGAACUGCCAUGCCCAUCACUAACCUACAGGUGGAAGUUAACUUGUGCUAGUCCACGUAACUUGUUAGUGUAUUUAUUUGCUACCUUUCUGUCCCCUCACAGGAGCAGUCUGAAGUGUCCUCCUCGUCCCAGGCUAGACAGAAACUGGAGGGUCUGCUGAACAAGAACAUGAGGAUCCGCAUGACAGAUGGACGGACACUGGUGGGGCUCUUCCUCUGCACAGACCGAGACUGUAACGUGAUCCUGGGAUCAGCUCAGGAGUUCCUCAAAUCUACAGGUGGGUUAGGAAAAGUGGUGGACAACGUACACAACUUCAUUACCUGAGUCACAGUGUAGGGACUCUAGGAAACAAAUCAUAGAAAUACAUAUUCGAAAAGGAGUGAGAAGAAGAAUAAUUUAUAUCCACAACCCCUUGCCUUUAAAUAAUGAUUACCUACACCAAGCUUCCUUGCAACUUCUUUAGAUGUACCUGAUACUUAUAAAUAAAGUACGUUCAUUACGUUACAAAACAAAAUCUACAUCCACUUAAUACAGCACACACAUAAAAACAACAAAACAAAAUAAAAUGAGGAAAAAACAAAAGAAACAAUGACCUCAUAACCCAAUAAGUGAAAAAACAAACAAGCUGCCAGCCUAGCCUGUGGUCAAAAAACAAAGGCUACUUGUGCGCCACACCUGUCUCAAUUAGUGGGCACCUUAAAUGUCCUUUUGCGCCACCUACAGCGCCACACAGGUGAACUCUGAGAAUGGCUCCUUCACUAUAAUUAAAAAAAAACCUCAACAUUAAAACAUCUGAGGAUUUUUAAACUGCUCAUGAAACAGACUGAAAUUAACCUUAAUGACUUUUUAUGACCAACAAAAACAAAUCAGAGGAUUUCUUUGCUGAUGUCAAAGUCUGAACCCGCUGCCUCAAGGUAGUUGUCAAGCAAAGGGUUUAGGUCUUGUUUGCUUCAGACUCAUGUCACGUUUUUUUCUCAGACACAUUCUCUCAGGGUGAACCCAGAGUCCUCGGCCUGGCCAUGAUCCCCGGUCACCACGUGGUGUCCAUCGAGGUGGAAGCAGACAGUCUGGAGGAUGCACAAGGAUUUGGAGCCAACUGUUGACGAAGACCUGCACAUGGAUUGGGACUGUUUCUCAGAGCUCGGAGCAGAGUGGACAUGUUCACUGCAGGAUUUUUGUCACUUCACCUCUACAGACGCAGAUGCAGAACUCCAGCGUCAGGAUUCUGCUUGAGUUGACGCUCCCUGCUGCUUCUUGAAGAUAUUUACAGUGAUGACUGUACGAUAUAGGAUGGGUGUUGACUGGCAGAGUGUGAGCAGACUGCAGGUACAUUGUGUGUGAGUGUGUGUGUUUGGGGGAAUAUUUCAGUAUGGUGUUCAGAUAAUGUCUGUUUCAUGAUGUUUUCCAGUGUUUGAGACUCUUUUAUUGUCAUCGACAAAAUAAGGAAAUAAAAGUGACGAAUGGUUGCUGCUACUUUG